UUUGUAACCUUUGUAUUAUUUCAACAGAUCCAACUGCUGGUCCUUCUGCUAGUGAACAGACAUCUUGGUGCUUGGAUCCUGAUACACUGCAUGAAAACAUCAAAAAAACACUUGUGAAACAUUGUCUCCCCACACCAAUGGUUUUUAGUGAUGUGAACUACUUGUCUUCAUCAGCACCACCAGCUGCUGCAGAAUGGCAGAGCUUAUUGAGACCAUUACGUGGUCGAGAACCUGAAGGUAUGUGGAAUUUACUUUCCAUAGUACGCGAGAUGUUCCGUCGCAGUGACAAUAACGCCGUCCCACUUCUUGAGAUACUCACAGAUGAAGUUCUACAAUGUGAACAGAUUUUAGUUUGGUGGUUUGCAACCAAAAUGUCCAGUUCUCACAGUGGUAACAGUAACCAUGUGAAUCGCUGCAACAGCAACAGUAGUGCAAAUGCUUCCCAACACGCAGCAGCCAGUUUCUGUGAUGAAAUAGUCACACUAUGGCGACUGGCUGCUCUAAACCCAAAACUGUCACCUAUCCAACGAGACGAUCUAUGCACUAAAUUCCGAGAUUGGCAUAUAUCCACAAUUGACAAAGUCAAAAAAAUUCGUGGUUCAAGCUUUGGCAUACCAGUUAGCCUGAAGAAGACUGAUAUUGAAAAUUUCUGUGGGUUUAAACCAGCAGUUGAGGCUUGUUCAUUGGACUGGGAAGAAUACAAUAUUCCUGGUAUAACGUACUCAGAAGGUCUUGGCACUCAAUAUCACAUUAGUCGCAUCCAAGAAACAGAGACUAAAAAAUUAUCUCGAGUACAGACUGUUGCAGUUUGUUCACAAGAUCUCAUCAGUUCAGAUUCUUCAACACGCUGCACCCAUCCAGCAAUGAAUUUUGACCCAACAACUGGCACAGACCUCAGGGAACCUCAUUACUUUUUCAAAAGCAUUCCAGGCCCUGGUUUGAUGUCUUUUGAUGUUGGCAACAUGGAUUCUGUUUUGAGUUCUGGUUCUGAGGGAUUUUGUGAACCAGAUAAAUCAGACACUGAAACAACUAGGAACUCGAGUAGCAGCAAUGGAAAGAACAAAGUUACACACCAAGAGAGUAUCGAUAACUCUGAGUAUAGAGGUAACUGUCAAAACUAUAAAGACAAGAACUUAGUUGACUCUGUAAAAUUUUCUGUGGUUGUGUCGGAUACAAAUGGUGACUCAGAUGCCUCACUUCCAGGGACAUCUGGCUGCCAAAAUGGAGCUAAGACUUCUGCACAUUCUGAGCAAGGAGGAGAAUCACCGCGCUUAGAGCCCAGUCUGUCUGCAGAGUCCCAGCCAUCAAGUGAUGAAUACCAGUUGUAUUUUUAUGAUACUAAAGUGUUGGUUAAAUCAUCAGAGUCUGAGAAAAAGAAAAAAGACAAAACUGAGGAACCAAAUUACUUCUUUGGUCUAAAGACUAGCUACAGCAAACAAGAUAUUUGGUUUGCACGUGCUGAAGCAUUACAUACGCAUGGACAUAAUAAAGAAGCAUGUAAAUUAGCGCAAAAAUUAGCUGAAGAAAUUCUUGCAAAUCCUCCAGAUUUCUUAGCUGAGGCUAACACAGUAUCAGCUCCUAAAGGAAAGAAGAAGAAGCUGCAAAAUAGUGUUAGUCUGUUAGCUAGUCAAACUCUUGCAAAAGCUGCAUUCUUGUGUAAUGUGCUCUCUGAAGACCCUGACUGUUAUCCAUUAGCCUUCAACAUUGCUAUGUUUGGCUUAGAAAUGCCUCGGCCUCCUGCAUCUAACAAAGUUUUGGAGGUAAAAUUAGCCUACCAGGAGUCUGAAUUAUUGACUUUAUUGAAGAAGAUACCACUGGGUCAAUCAGAACUGAAUAUUUUGAGGGAGAAAGCAGAGCAGCUUCGGGAUGGCAAAUUACAAUCACGAGGUGAAGCCCUCCUGCCUCUCACUUUGGCUAGUUUUAUAUUUGACCUCUUCUGUAUGCCAGCAAGUCCAGCUUGUGGUAACAAUGGCAAAUCACCUAACAGGUCACAAAGUCAAGUACUAACAAAAUUACCAUCAUAUGAAAAACUUGGAUUUGAGGCUGCUGUUGCUGCUCUUGGUUUGAAAGCCAAUGUUUCAGAAGCAGAACAUCCUCUUCUGUGUGAAGGGACUCGUAGACAGCGUGGAGAUUUAGCUAUUACAAUGCUUGUUCAUUACAAGGAUGACCAGGCAAAGUUGAGUAAGAUUAUUGACAAAUUACUUGACAAAGAAGUUCAUCAAAUGUAUAAAGCCCCCAGUUUGUCAACUUAUUUAUCCAAUAAAUCUGGUAGCCAUCAGUCAUCAUCAACAACUGGAAGUACUGAAGCUGGGGCUAAACGCACCAAAUUUGGUUCUUGCAGUGAUCCCAACACUACCAGUAGUAAAUCAUCUUCAACUCAACACUCAUCAACAUCAUCAUCAUCAUCAAGUCAACAGCAUGUAAAAGAAGAUGGCAGCAGUACAACAACUGUUACGGCAGCUGCAGUCUCCACUACAAACACCAUCAGCAGUCACUCAGCUUCUUCUGCUGGACGGCUUGAUUUACCUCAAUCAGGCAUGCUUAUGGGUUCAUCGGGUUCUGUGGGCGGUGAUCCCGAUCAGAGUGGAUGGCAAAAUUCUCCAGCACAGAGACUUGACUAUCUCAACCUUGAACAAGGACAAGCAACAAGCAAUCAUAGUACAGGUGCCCGACCAAAAACCAUGUAUUCUCUUAAAUAUAACAGUGGCAAAGAUACUGACAGUUCAGCUUUGGAAGAAGAUGGAGAUGAUUUGAAAGCACUUGAGGCUCGUAUACGCUGUAUGACUUUAAGGAAGAAACCAUCACAAGGUAUGGCUAGUAUUGAUAGCAGUGCACCAGAAACAACCUCAAGUGAUAACUCCCCUACUCUGAUACGUCGCAGUUGGUCAAAGCAUCAAGGGCCAGGCAGUGACAGUGGUAGCAGUGGUAAGAGUAGUGAUUCACUUGGGUCUAGUAGUUCCGAGGAAAAAGUUGCUGUUAACUGUAACAAAGUUAGAGAGAAUGAAAGAUACAAAGGAAAAAGAAUUAUACCAACUACACCAAAUCAGCCAAGUGAGGCUUCUGCUCAUUUUAUGUUUGAGUUGGCAAAGAAUGUUUUGUUUAAAGCUGGGGGUAAUAGCUCAACCUCACUUUUUACACGACCCCCAAAUAACAACAAUCCUACUGGACCACAUCGCAACUUACAUCUAUGUGCUUUCCAAAUUGGUCUCUAUGCUCUUGGAUUACACAAUUGUGUAUCACCCAACUGGCUGUCUCGUACCUACUCUUCUCAUGUUUCUUGGAUAACAGGUCAAGCAAUGGAGAUUGGGAGUGCUGCAAUCAAUAUUCUUAUUGAUACUUGGGAAGGUCACCUUACUCCACCUGAAGUUGCAUCUCUUGCUGACCGUGCUUCAAGAGGUCGAGAUCCCAACAUGGUGAAGGCAGCAUCUGAACUGUCUCUCUCUUCUUUACCCCAUGCUCAUGCUUUAAAUCCCAUUGAAGUGCAACGUGCCUUGCUUCAAUGCAAGGAGCAUAGCAAAGAGAUGCUGGAGAAAGCUUGUCUUGCUGUUGAAAGUGCUGCUAAAGGCGGUGGUGUUUACCCUGAAGUUUUGUUUGAAGUGGCACGACAUUGGGACAAGAUGGCUGAAGAGUCUGCUCACCUUAGUAAUAAUGGAGGUGCACAAGAUUUGUCUGUGGCUUUGGAAGCUUCCCAUUCUCAAGAUGAAGAUAGCAACCGGCCAUUAAUGGUGGAUUGUGUUGGAGACCAGAUAAAUCCUUCAUCUAACACCUCUUCUGCUCUUCCUAUGAUUACUUACAACCAACAGCCUUCUCACACAUCUACUAAUUCACAGGUCUCCACCCAAGGAACUCCUCCACCACCACCGCAAAUUAUCUUGCAUUCCUCUAACCAUAUGAACCAUCCUGGACCAAUGGUGAUUCCAUACACACUUCCUGGGCCUGCCCAAAAUGGCCAGAUGCCCCACCACCCAACCACCUAUGUGCCAACAUACAGUAUCUUCAAUCACCACCACCAUCAUCAGUACCCUCCACCACCACCACCUCCCCCACAGACUACUCACAUUCCACUCCAUAACAAUUUGCACCACCCUGGAGCCUAUAUUACAACUUAUUCUUAUCAGAAUCAGUCACCAUUUCCUGUUGGUAACCUUCAGAACAUUCAGAAUGUUCAUCAAAAUACUGCACAGAUCUUCUCCAAUGGAACUAAUAUCCGACAUCUAGGUCCCACCAUGCAAAUCUAUCCUAACCCAAACUGUCAACUUGGGUCACUUCAGCCAGUGCAUGGUGGCAACACAGCAACAGCAACUGCAGGAAAUAAUGUUCAACAUGUGGACCAACCACCUGUGUUUACACCAUGCCAGCCUACCUCCUCAAACUGUGUUCCUGGCCAGCAGCAAGGCCCACUUUGUGUUGGCCAGCAACAGCAGCAGCCUGUUGGACAGUCCAAUAUUCAAACCCCUUCUGCUAUUAAUAAUCAGACACAAAUGAACUACCUGAUGGCUGCCUAUAGAGUUGGCAUGCUAGCUAUGGAGACACUUGGUCGGAAUGAUCGUCCACAUAUGAAAUAUGCUCGCAACCCUCCCUAUGGUGAGGAUGUCAAAAGACUCCUUGGAGUUGCCAUCAAAUUAGGCAACAGUUAUUUGCAGCAGUUUUGUGCCAGUGCUGUUAACGCUGUAGUCAGUCCAUUCGUUCUCUACGACAUUGCCUGGGAAGCUGCGCACUAUCUGGCUCAUAACAACCAGACUCCAGUGCACAACUGCCUGCGCUCAAACUUCCUCAACCCACUGGUGCAGAAGUGUAUACAGAUGUUCAUGCAUUGUGCGCAUCAUCGCAUUCAUCAUAUAACAUCACCUGAAUAUGAUGAUUUUGUCAGCAUCAUCUGUACUGCACAGAAAGCAUUCUGCAUGUCCCCUGGGGGCCCUGUGCAGUUCAAUGAGCUGCUCCAAAGUCUACGCCGCUCCAAGUCAUGCCGCAAAGAACUCUGGCAGAAAAUUGUCAAUGGACUCACACGGGGAACAUGUAAUGUCACCAGCUCUAAAAUUUCUCUAUAAGCAAAAAGAUACUCUGGAAAUAAAUAUUAAUGCUGGCAUUUGUUUGAGAUGUCAUCUUCUAAAUUGCAGGCUGCAGUGUUAAAUUCACUAUAAUAAGUAACAUCACAACUCAUAAUUUUUUCUAGUAGACAUUAGUGAAAACACUUGCAAUUAAAAGUUUACUUAUUUGCCUUUAGUCCCAAGUAGGUAAGCAGAUGUCUGUAAAUGCAAGCAUUGAUAGCUUCAAUUAUUCAGGAAUCAUGCAUUCACUCAAUGAAGAAAAUGUGAUCUGCUGGAAAUACAUACCUAGGAAUGUGUAUUGUCACAAUUAGUAUAGUAAGCUAAAUAUAAGUCCUUGAAUAUUAUAAAAUAUUAUAAAAGCAGUGGUUUGUUUUUCUUGUUCACACCUCCGUUUGUAUUGACCCUAAUCUUUCUGUUGUUGCUGCUUGUCUAACAAGUAGAAGUUACAUGGCUAUUAUUGGCUUUUUUUCUUUUUUUUUUGGGGUGGACAAUAAUGUCUUCCUUGCAAGACAAAUUAAAAAUAUGUGAAUUCGAGGAAGAAAAUGUUUUUAAAAAUUUGGACUAGAAAAA